AUGUCUACUUCAUUAACAGCAGUUCGUUGGUAUAUAAGAACAAAAAAUUUUCAAGUCUGCAAUAAUCUAUCAAAUCAAACUAAAGAGAUCUCUUUAUCCAAUACACAACGACAGUGUCGAGGCAAUAUACCAAUCGCAUUGAUUGCAACUCUUUUAAUAUUUACAAUAAAAUUACCAUAUUAUAUUAAACGAUAUUCUCGCUAA